AUGGGCCCUCUCCAACUAGCUGCUGCUUUAGGAGACGUAGACAUUGUGAAGGAGCUGUGUAACUACACACGUAUUGAUCUAGUACAGCAGGAUGAUGAUGACGAUACGCCGCUCCAUGUUGCUGCUUUUUUUGAUCAUGAUAGCACGAUUGAAUUUAUCUUGAACAAAGCUAAGGAUCCAGAUAAGGUGAAACUUGCUAUAAAUAGAAAAAACAAAGCCGAUGAGACCCCAUUUACUAUCGCUGUAACACGCUAUCAUGAAAAAUCAUGUGCUAUGAUGAUCAGUUACAGUCCUUCUCUUGCGUACACAUUUAAUUUUGUUCACCCCACGCAGGGUGUGGAAGAAAUAAAAGACAGUGGAAUAUUUGGAAAAUUGCGAACGAAAGAGGCAGUGAAACAUUUUGAGAAAAUGAAUGAACACAUUAUUAAGUAUCACCAGCGGAACGAUCAAGGCAAAACUUCUAUCAAUAUCAUGAUAACUAAAAUGCCAGAGUUGGUAUUGGAAGUCCUGGAUAAAUCGAUAAUCACAGCUAAAACUCGUGAUACCCUCAAUCAUAUUGAAAAACGCAAAGGUUUACAAAAGAACUCUAAGCAUGAAGACAUUCAUCGAGUCAUCGUUGACUUCGGAGCAUUGGAAAACUACGGCGAAGAGGAAAAGGAUGAGAAAAAGGACACGAAAAACUCCGAAGUAUUGGAAAAGAAAGAUGAAAAGUACCUUUUUGUGACUGUCAAUGUGGAAAUCGAGAAGAUCGAAAAGAAGACGAAGAAGGAGGAGGAGAGGGACAAGAAGGAGGAGGAGGAAACAGGAAAGCCUCUAACUUCGGGACAUUAUAAGCACGGUUCAAACCCGCUCCAGAUCAUGGCAAAGAUGGAACCUAGUCUUCUCAGCCAUCCAGUGGUAGAAGCUUUGAUCGUUACAAAGUGGGAAAGGUUUGCCAGAACUUACUUUUACAUUUUUACCUUUCCGCUUUACCUUAUCUUCUUUUCUGUGCUGAUGGGAUAUCAGUUCACUCAAAUCAAACCAUUUGAACUUUUGGAAAAUGAUAAAGCUAUUAGAUCCUGGAUUGGAAAUGCUAGCCAUACUUGUGAUGAAUUUCCUGAUGGCUGCUCAAAGAAGAAAUCUGCAGAGUGUGAUAUCUUUGGUUACAUACUUUUGGUGAUGUCUGCUAUUCGCCUAUUUCUCGAGCUUCUGGAUCUCCUCGAUAAUGUUUUCAAUAGAUCAGAUCUUGAAAGUGGAAGUUAUCAGAGCCCUCUUGAAACUGUCAGAGCGUGGUUACAAGGUUUGAUGAACUAUCUUAUUGACCCUGAGAACUAUUUAGAGGUUAUCUUAUACGGCAGCUGUCUGUUCUUUUCUCUCAAUGUGCUGGAACCGCAAAGUGUCAUGUCCCCUUUUCAUUGGAAGAUUGGAGCUCUCUCCAUUCUAACCAGCUUUAUUAACCUCCUCCUUCUUUUGCAAGUAUUCCCGAAUAUUGGAAUAUACAUCAUCAUGUUCUUCAAAAUAGCAUGGACAUUCGUCUCAAAGAUAUUAUCCUUGCUAGUUUUCUUCUUGAUCACCUUUAUGGUGGUAUUCCACAUGCUGUUGAGCCACACAAAUGUUUUUAGGAAAAUACUGUCCGCAGAUGCCAUCUUCAAGACCUUGUCUGCGGGGGUAUCUGGAGUCGAAUACGACGAUUAUGCCGACCAAGAAAUGAUUUACCCAACAACAACGCUGGUGGGUCUCAUUGCUUUCGCUCUGUUUGUCCAAGUUCUCUUCUUGAAUCUUGCAACUGCUCUGGCAAUAGGAGAUGUGGAUGAAAUCCGACUCGGAGCGGAAAUGUCCAUCAACGCACUUAAAAUCAAGCACAUCUAUAAUGCACAGAGAAUAGUGAAUCUCAUACAGUGGGUCGCCACACCCAUCUUUUGUGAAAGUGCUCUAAACUUCGUGGAACAUCAGAAACGAUUUCGAAACAUGCCAGCAAAGAGAUUUAAGAAAAAACGACUUGAAAAUAUCAAAAAAUUUACAGAGAAAUAUCAAAAAAUUUACAGAGAAAUCUGA